UAGAUUGGUUGAGCCUGCCCGCGCGGCGGAAGAAAGCGGAAGCGCGCUCUUUCAAACUCGCCGUCUUAACGUCGAUUGACGCAGGCCAUUUCCGGCCUGGCCAUGGCGGCUAACGCGACCACUAACCCGUCGCAGCUACUUCCUCUAGAGCUUGUGGACAAGUGUAUAGGAUCAAGAAUUCACAUUGUAAUGAAGAGUGAUAAAGAAAUUGUUGGCACGCUUCUAGGAUUCGAUGAUUUUGUCAAUAUGGUGCUAGAAGAUGUCACAGAGUUUGAAAUCACACCAGAAGGAAGGAGGAUUACUAAAUUAGAUCAAAUUUUGCUAAAUGGAAAUAAUAUAACAAUGCUGGUUCCUGGAGGAGAAGGACCUGAAGUAUGAAUGGGUUUCCUUGAUUUACGCUAGAUUCUGUUUUGUUUUACAAUGGCAACAAAAUGGAAAAUUUUUUUACUUUUCACUGUUUAGAGUCUAUAAAGUUGUUUCCCGUUAAAGGGAAAUGUUUUGAAGAUGUAUUGUAAAUGCCAAUUUUUCUAAGUUAAUCAUGUUUAUCUUGGAAAAAGAAUAAAACAGUUUGCUGUUUGAAGACUUUAAAAAUAAAGGCCUUUUUGGUUAA